AACUUCUGAUCAGACGGCAGCAGCUGACUGCCUGUGCUGCUGGCAGGCUGGAGCCAGCACAAUACAGCAGGGAGAUCUCCUUUAUUUCCCAGCUGUCGCUGCUUCUGGAGCUGCGCACGGAAUGGAAAAGUAGGCUAGACAGCGCUGGAGCUUCAGAGCACACUGCGUGAUUCUCGGUCUGGGAGUGAAAUUUCUAAGGAAUUUCAUUUGUUAUUGCAUGCUGUUGCAAGUGGAAAGGAGGGGGUGAUGUCAUUAGCAGGAGUGUGCGAGUGCAUCAGCACCCGGGUCACAUGCUAGGUGGGUCAGUGAUGCAGACGGAGAUGCAUGGCAGCCACACCAGGCACAGUUGCAGACCUGCAGGACUCGGACGUAUCUGCAGUUGGUAGCAGGAUGCUUUUCCCCAGCACAACACAGGAAUCCUCUCGGGUCCUACCUGAUGUCAACGACCUGGGUUUAGGCCUUCAGUCCCUCAGCUUGUCCGGGUGGGACCGUCCAUGGAGCAACCCAGAUGCUGAAAGCUCGGCCCAGACCAGCAGUCCCUCUAUGUUAGGCAUGCUGAACAGCCCUCUUGGCAACAUACUGGGCAAACCCCUUGGCUUACCACCCUUGGAUCCCAUUGGAACCGACUUUCUGGAUCGGUUUCCAGGCAUGGCCCCCCGGAACUCGCGCCUGGAGUCGCGGUCUCUGCUCGACUCGCGCUCCAGCAGCCCAGCGGACUCGGAGCUGAGUGGCUUCAGCUCUGGGUCAGACCAUCUUUGUGACCUGCUUUCCUCCCUGAGGAUCUCCCCUCCCUUGCCUUUCCUGAUGGGGAACAUGCAGAAAGACCCCCUGAAGCUGGAUGGGGGUUCUCGUCUUGACCAGGACCAACUCUCCCUGGCUUCUGCUGCCAAUGUAACCACCCCCACCAGUCUGGCUAAGCGAUGGCCUGGGGCAUCGGUGUGGCCCAGCUGGGACCUGUUGGACAGUCCGGAUGGUCCUUUCAGCAUUGAGAGAGAGGCCAGGUUGCACAGGCAGGCUGCAGCUGUGAAUGAAGCCACCUUCACCUGGAGUGGACAGCUGCCUCCAAGAAACUACAAGAACCCUCUGUAUUCUUGUAAGGUCUUCCUUGGUGGAGUACCUUGGGAUAUCACUGAAGCUGGACUGAUCAGCACGUUUCGUGUGUUCGGGCCCCUGAGUGUUGAGUGGCCUGGUAAGGAUGGCAAGCACCCUCGUUGCCCACCGAAAGGUAAUAUGCCAAAAGGGUACGUAUACCUGGUGUUUGAGUCGGAGAAGUCUGUACGUGCUCUGCUCCAGGCCUGCACUCAGGACCUGCUCAACCCAGAUGACCUAAGCGAGUACUUCUUCAAGAUGUCCAGCCGAAGGAUGCGCUGCAAGGAUGUGCAGGUUAUUCCAUGGGUCAUCUCGGACAGUAAUUUUGCACGCUGCUCUUCUCAACGGCUGGACCCCAGCAAGACUGUGUUUGUAGGGGCUCUGCAUGGGAUGCUCAAUGCAGAGGCUCUAGCCACCAUCAUGAAUGACUUGUUUGGAGGAGUGAUAUAUGCUGGGAUUGAUACCGACAAGCACAAAUAUCCAAUAGGCUCUGGGCGUGUGACGUUUAACAGCCAGCGUAGUUACCUGAAGGCAGUUAGUGCAGCUUUUGUGGAGAUCAAAACUUCCAAGUUUACAAAGAAGGUUCAGAUCGAUCCAUACCUAGAAGACUCAAUGUGCCAAGUGUGCAAUCGCCAGCCAGGUCCAUUCUUCUGCAGAGAUCAGGCAUGCUUUAAGUACUACUGUCGCUCCUGCUGGCACUGGCAGCACUCGAUGGACAUCCUCAGUAACCAUCGCCCGCUGAUGCGCAACCAAAAGAACCGUGACUCCAGUUAAGCUGAAGCAUGGAUGCUGUAGUUUCUGCUGUAGAAGGGGUUUCUGUGGAACCCAGCGUGGAGAGAGUGCUGGUUCCUCGACCGGGGGGACAGCAUUUCUAGGAGGACUUCCCAAGAGAAUACUGUAGAAAGUUCACUUGCACUUGCUACUUUUUUGCUGUUUACUUAUUCACAAUGGCACUGUGCACAGUGACAUUUUCGGGUGACAGGGGCCCAUCAUUAUGCAGUUCCCAGACUCGUCGCCACAGCUGGAGAGAUCCAGGCCAGGGUUCAGGUGUUGAUGCAAACGCCUUCUCCUUGAUUUUUAACAAGCUUCUUUUUUUUUUCCCUCAUACCUUGCAUAUUGAUGAACAAUAAUGCAAGUAUCAUUGCCUUUCACUUUGGCAGUUGCCAUACAGUGCCUUUAAAUUUUUUUCUCUCCAUCUGGUCUGCUGUUUUCAUGUGCAGCCAGCUGGUGUUUUUUACUUUGGAAGAUGAGAGUUGGGAUUAAUUUAACCAGUUGCAUUUCAGAAAUUUUUACGCCGUUUUUUACCAGUUCUUUUUACACAACAGUUUUAAGUCGUGACAACAUGGGGAGAAUCUGAAAAGGAAAUCUACCUGGCGGCUUUUAAAUUAUUUUUUCCCCUCCCCCAUGCGUGUCUGGGGCUGUUGGUAGAAUAUCAGUUUUUUUUUCAAUUCAAAUGAUUAGAUUUAUGGAAAUGAAACUGGACUGGAUAUUGACUUGGAUUUCUGUAUAUAGUUUUAAUCAAGUUUCACUUUUUAAUUUGCACUUGAGAGGGGUAGAUUUAGUGGUUUUUAAUCACUUUUCUUUUUGUACAUCCGCAGAAGGGCAGGUGUUAUUAUGACCAUGACCCCUUUUUUUUUUUGAGAUGUUGCUUGUUUACUGUUGAAUGUAGAGAACUUUUAGAUUCCCUAGAAUGUACUAGGAGCUAGAGUUGACCUAAUGCAGCUUUUGUUCCCCCUCCCACCCCUCCCUUUUAGGUUAAUCUGAAGCAGUGUGCCAAAGAUCUUUUUUUUUAUUUUUUUUUCUCCUGCUGAGCUUGUUGCGAUGUUGCCUAGCCCAGCUGCUUUUUAGUGUUCUAAGGUCUCUACCUCAUUGUGGUCUGCAAACUUUGCUGCGGUUACCUACAGAUGUGGAGUAUGAUGUUCUACUGAUGUUGGGCACAAAUAAAGGUGUUGAAGCAUUA